AUGAACAUUCUCAGAAAAAAUAUUAUUUGCCGUAGGUACGUUACUACACCUUACUUGUUCCACAUAAUAAGAAGAACCAAUUAUGAUGCCACGAGAGAAAAUUUAAUGUUAACAAAUGAGAGUAGAGUGGUAUGUCAGGGAUUCACUGGGAAUGCAGGUACAUUGCACAGCAAAUUGUGCAUGGAAUACGGCACUAAAAUGGUUGGUGGAGUAAAUCCCAAGAAAGGGGGCCAGCAACAUCUUGGUUUACCCGUUUUUACUACCAUAAAGGAAGCUAAGGAGAAAGCUGAUCCCCACGCGUCUGUUAUAUUUGUGCCUCCCCCAUCUGCUGCACAGGCUAUUCUUGAAGCUGUCGAAGCAGAAAUUCCUCUUAUAGUGUGCAUCACGGAGGGUAUACCCCAAAAAGAUAUGGUCAAAGUGAAAUACGCCCUGUUGCGGCAAGAUAAAUCUAGACUUGUGGGCCCUAAUUGUCCUGGGGUGAUAGCGUCUGGGAAAUGCAAGAUUGGAAUUAUGCCAAAUUAUAUCCACAAGCAAGGAGUGGUGGCAAUUGUCUCCAGAUCAGGAACACUAACAUACGAAGCAGUACAUCAAACAACUCAAGCAAAAUUGGGCCAAACUCUUUGCGUGGGGAUAGGAGGGGAUCCAUUCAAUGGUACCAAUUUCAUCGACUGCUUGGAUAUAUUUUUAAACGAUGAGAAUACUAAAGGGAUUAUAUUAAUAGGUGAAAUAGGGGGUCAAGCUGAAGAGGACGCUGCGGAAUACCUUGCAGAGUUCAACUCCGGCCCAACCGCCAAGCCAGUGGUGGCGUACAUUGCAGGAGUUUCGGCGCCCCCUGGUAGAAGGAUGGGGCAUGCUGGUGCGAUUAUUUCAGGAGGCAAAGGGAAGGCUACUGACAAAAUGAAGGCUCUGGAAAGAGUUGGUGUGACAGUUGCAAAGUCGCCGACGGAAAUGGGUGUAACGUUAUAUGAAAUUAUGGAUAAAAUGAAUCUUGUUCAAAAAUACUGA